GUUAUGUUUUUCUCGCCAUGUUUCUGCCCCAAGCGGCAGACCGCAAGAUGGAAGGAUGAGUCGACGUUUUCCUUUGUUGUCUGUAUAUCUCUGCCGGGUUUGUCCGACAAACGCCCGUCUGGAUGACCUACUUUGUGCCAUGAUUAUGCCGCGAUAGUUUUUAGAGAGCAAAACCGUGGCUUUUGGAAAGAAGUUUGCCAAGGAUGGACACACUUGUGGGCGGUGUCAACCCACUGAAAUGUGGUGCCUCAUCUCUUGAUGGGAGCACUGCAUAUCUUCUGAAACAGAGGGAAUUUGGGAUGUGCACAAAUUCUGGUCCAUUCUCAACUGGGCAGAGAAACUCCAUAGGAGCUGGCUUCAUUCCCAACCGAAUGGAAACAGUGGCAGCAUAUGGUGAGAAGGUUUUCUGUGGAACAUUCUCCAAGGAUGGAUCAGUGUUCCUCAGUUCAUCUCAGGAUGACCAUAUCCGUCUGUACAACACGUCACACGGCAGCUUUACAGAGAAGAGAUGUAUCACAGCACGGGACGUGGGAUGGAGUGUACUGGACACUGCCUUCAGCCCUGAUGGCACCUGUGUUAUAUACUCCAGUUGGUCAGACUUCAUUCAUCUUGUUGAUAUAUCUUCAAAGGGUGAGGAAUCACACAUGGCCUUGGACCUCAGCCCCCUUGAACGAGACUUUGCCAUCUUCUCUGUGGUCUUCUCUCAUGAUGGCAAGGAAAUCCUUGGAGGUGCCAGUGACUGCUAUAUGUACAUCUUCAACCGAGAGAGAAACCAAAGAACACUAAUGAUGGAUGCCCAUGAAGAUGACAUAAACAGUGUGAAGUUUGCAGACGAGUCCUCCCACAUCCUGUACUCGGCAGGGGAUGAUGGUGUGUGUAAGGUCUGGGACAGGAGGAUUCUGGAUGAGGAGGACCCCCAGCCUGUUGGCAUCUUCGCUGGCCACAGCGAUGGUAUCACUUAUAUUGACUCCAAGGGAGAUGGCCGCUACCUCAUCACAAACUCUAAGGACCAAACCAUCAAGCUCUGGGACGUCAGAAAGUUCUCAUCCUCAGAGGGGUUGGAGUCCACAAGACGAGCCAUUACAAACUACAGAUGGGACUACAGGUGGAUGUCAGUACCAAAGAUAGUUCGGAACUGUAGGAGGAAGCUAAAAGGGGACACAUCUGUGAUGACUUAUCGAGGCCAUAACAUCACCAAAACUCUCAUCAGGUGCAGGUUUUCACCUGUACACACAACUGGUCAGAGAUAUAUCUACACCGGAUGUGGCACUGGUGCUGUCAUCAUCUAUGACAUUCUCUCAGGAAAUAUGGUUGCCAAGCUGAUUGGUCACAAAGCCUGUGUUAGGGAUGUGUCCUGGCACCCGACUGAUGUGCGGAUCGUCAGCAGCUCUUGGGAUGGACAUGUCAGCCAGUGGGAUUACCAAGGCUCAGAUCACCCUCAGGAUUCCGACUCGGACUCAGAAUACGAGACGGGGCACAGUGGUGGACGACUUGUCAUCAUCAACGUUAACGGUGUCCGCAGGAAGAGUAAACGGUUAAAACAACAGGACCAGGCAAGGCACAAGAGACAUCGGCCCGAGGAGGCCCCAUCUAGGUCGUCCUUGUGAUGUUCAGACUGUAGCAAGUUCUUUGCUUUAGAUUUACUGUUUGCAUGUUGAAAAAAAAA